CUAUGGGGGACGAAAUGAAUAUAAAUAGGAAUUUCGACAAUGGUUGUUCUACAUUGCUUAGGUUCAACAGCUAGAGAUCCAAAGGCAGUAUGUCAGCCAUAAGCUUUACUGUCUUAGCCGUGUGCAUAGCACUAGCCAGUGCAAACCCCAACCCGAAGCCGAUGUUUGGAGCGAUGGGCUCAGCGAUGGGUUCAGCGAUGGGCUCGACAGCAUCCAGCAUGGGCUCAGCCGUUUCCAGCAGCUCUUCUUCAGCCGUGGAGACCAUGGAGUCCUCUUCAUCAUCCGUCCAACAAUCCGCCUCUUCAUCAAUGGCUGCCGGUGCUUCGGCUAUGGACUACAGCAUGGGCUUGAGAAAUUUGUACGGAGUGAAUCCUUACUUCAGACAAUACAUGCCUUUCUUGUAGCCCUACUAGACUCAAAAAAUUGUCUGAUACACAUCAUACACAUUCUUUUUGGGAGAAUAGCUGCUAAGCUUAACCACGAUUAUAAGUACGAAAAAUUUGAUGGAAUUUUCUAAUUACCAGCAACAAAUAUCUCUAGUAAACCAGAAUAAAAGUUGUAAAAUUUGAGAAAAUAAAAAUCUUUUGGAGCCCUA